CAUAUUGAACUUUUAUCUUUUGUCCGCAGAGCCUUUCCUUCUCGAUGAGAAAAUCCUGCCAAUGCUGGAGGAGGUGGAAGCGCCUCGCGCCGUCCCGGUGCCGCUGGUACCCGGGCACCACGUGAAAAUGGAGCACCCCAGCGACCAGAAGCAAUCCACGCAGUCCCUGUUGCGGGAGUUCGAGACCGUCUACGACGGCAUCGGAGCCCUCACGCCCCCCCAGAGCCCCCCGACGGAGCUGACCACCCUCGAGCCGCUCCUCAAGCAGGUCUACAGCGUGCCCGCCUUCCGGCCGGAACUUCCGGCCACGCCGCAGCCGGACGUGGAGCACGAGCUGGCCAUCGUCGACGAGCUGGUGCGCACGCGCGCCGAAGACAUGCAGUGGCAGUACCCCUCCUCGCCCGGAAGCAGCGAUUGCUCGUCUUCCGCUUCCGAGGACCCGGAGUGGGUCCCGGAGCCGGUCGAGAGCUACGUCGAGGGCGGCUCGAUCGCGAAGUCUGGCAGGAAGAGGUCGAAGCCGUACUCGCGCGGCCAUCCGGACGACAAGAAGUCUCGCAAGAAGGAGCAGAACAAGAACGCGGCCACGCGCUACCGCAUGAAGAAGAAGGCGGAAGUGGAGGUGAUCUUGUCCGAGGAGAAGGUCAUGCUGGACCACAACGCGGAGCUGGGCGCCAAAAUCACGGAUCUGCAGCGCGAAAUCAAGUACUUAAAGGGGCUCAUGCGCGAUCUUUUCAAGGCCAAAGGGCUCAUCGACUAACACCGACAGAUCUACUUUUUUAUUUUUUAUUAUUUACAUGUCAUGCAAAUGUAAUUUGUUUCUUUCUUCAUGUUGUUCGCAUUGUUCGAUAAAUUGUAGUCUUAGGAAGAAUGUUUAAGAUUUUAUGUGGAAGAUUAUCGAUUAUCUGGACUUUCCGUCCAUUUAGUCGAUGAUUUUGAAAGAUUUAUGUUAAGAUAUUAUACUUCGUUUUUACUUCAUCUAACUGUAGAUUUAUUGACAUUAUUACUAACUAAUAAAGGAUGAUUUUAGAUGGGAUAUAC